AGUGCGUACAGGCCAACGGGCGCAAGCUUAAGCUGAACCCCUGUGAUCUUCGACCCCUCAGACGGCACUGCAUCAAGAACCGUCACUCAACAAUAGCUGAUAUAACCACAUGGAAGCGGCGUCAACUUCUCUGGGCUCGGAGGCAUCUAGGAUGGACCAUCACACAGUGGAAACACUAAAUCGCUUGGUCUCCUCGGUGACAAAACGCCUUUUAAGUGUGGUGAAAAGGAAUUACAACGUUACAAAGUGAGUCCUCAUAUCUCCAUCAUCAUGACCAAACUGCUGGAGUGGCUUCUGUGCGCAUCAGUGGUUGGAAUCGCAUGGGCACAAGUGACCUUUGAUCUGCUCGGCUUGCAGUUGCCUGCAGUGUACAAGGAAGUGGCCUGGCCCAUGCCCGUGUACCUGCUGGUGGUGUUUGGAUGCUAUUCACUGGCAACGGUCGGGUACAGAGUAGCCACGUUUAACGAUUGUGAGGAAGCGUCCAGAGAGCUCCAGACCCAGAUACAAGAGGCUAAAGCGGACUUGAAGAAGAAGGGACUGAAGAUGUGAUGGCUUUGUUUAAAUGGACUUGAUUAUCUGUCUUGAUGUCCUGUUACCAGACGUUGUGUCUCAGUGAAUAAACUUUUAUUUUGUAUAA